GUAACGCUGGUCUAAAACCAAUGCUACUGUCUUGUUUUACAAAACCCUAGUCUCCCCUUCCUAUCCCCCCAAACCCCCCAAACAACUACGAAAAACCCUCGAGAACAAAAGUUUCAGCUCCGGGGGUUUCCGCCAUAACCCAGCAACAAUGUCGAUGUCGAAGAGCUCCAAGAUGCUUCAGUACAUCAACUACCGGAUGCGGGUCCACAUCCAAGACGGCCGUCAAUUAGUCGGAAAAUUUAUGGCUUUCGACCGUCACAUGAACCUCGUCCUCGGCGACUGCGAGGAGUUCCGGAAAUUGCCCCCUACGAAAGGCUCCAAAACUAAGGAAGAACGAGAGGAUCGCCGCACUCUCGGCCUCGUCCUCCUCAGGGGCGAAGAAGUAAUUUCCAUGACUGUCGAAGGCCCUCCUCCUCCCGACGAGUCUCGUGCUAAAGCUGCCUCAGCUGCUUCGGCAAUUCCUGGCCCGGGUAUUGGUCGGGCUGCGGGCCGUGGUGUUCCCAGCGGGCCGCUUGUUCAGGCACAGCCCGGUCUUGCUGGCCCGGUUAGAGGAGUUGGUGGGCCUUCUCCGGGGAUGAUGCAGCCGCAGAUUUCUAGGCCGGCGAUUCCUCAGGUGUCGGCUCCUCCGAUUUCGUACCCGCAGCAGCCGCCUCAGGUGGUGAGGCCUGGAGGGCAAAUGCCACCGCCGCCUAUGCCACCUAUGGGGAGAGGGCCGGUGCCUAUGGCGCCACCGCCCCAGUUUAGGCCUGGGGGCCCGCCUCCGCCUGGGCAGUUCCCGCCUCAGUUCGGACAGAGGCCUAUGGUUCCUCCACCACCUCAGUUUAGGCCAGGGGGCCCACCUCCGCCUGGACCACCUCGACCUGGGAUGCCUGGAGCUCCUCCACCUCAGUCUCAGCCUCCUCGUCCCGGUAUGCCCCCGCCUCCACCUGGUGGUGUGUUUGGACCACCUCGUCCAGGAAUGCCGCCUCCACCUAAUGCUCCACCGCAGAACCAGCAGUAGUUGAGAAUAUGAUUUAUCAGGAAUUUUAUAGAUCGCCAUUGAAGUCAGAUAUUCAACUGAGAGGAUGUAGUUGGUUGGCUGCCUUUGAUAAUCUAUGUUAGCAUUUACCAAUGAUUUGUACUUGUGAGAUGUUUUCUCCUUAAUGAGGCUUCCUUUUGUGAUGUUACUUUUGCACAUUGUGACCAUUGCCAGAAUUGUCCCCUCAACUGAUUAGAAUUUUUGAUGUACGUUCCAUGGCUUUUUAGUACAUAUGAUGCUGACUGAUAUUAGAAUCUCUUUCCCUCCCCUUCUCUCUCUUUCUGUGGAGUUAGUGAUACUGGAAAUGAGAAAAAGCUCCAAGUAUGUGGAGGUAUUAUCCUUGUUCAUUUUCUCUAUCCGUCCAUCUCUUCUUCUUUCUCAUUUUACUCUUUGCUAAUGUUGGAAAAAGUUGGCAUAGAAAUUGGAAAUUGCCCAAGUGAGUUGGAGCAAUGUGAAUUGUCCUUGUCUGGAUGCAACUUGAUUUGUAUAUCUUUAUAUAUCGCACUGCUAAUGGGCAUGUGCCAAAUGGACCUUAUUGAAUCUUGACUUGUCAGUGAAUUGCAGGUUAGAAUGUCUUUCUGGCAGGAGAGAGGUUCUAUUGUUCGAUAUAGUUUUUGGAUUUCAUCUUGUACUUGGCAUGUAUGUUUAAGGGCCACAGAAAAAUUUUUAUCACUGGCCAUUUAAUCAAAUUUCUAUUCAUGUGUUCGAAAA